CCGGAGGGCGGACAUCACGCGCGUAAUCGCAACGGACGAGCGCGUUUCGUUCGUCGACGCGGUGUCUCGCCCGAGGCGAAGCCAACGUCAAUGGGUGCCUCAAUUUGUUCGACUAAACCGACGACGGAACGAGGGGGGACACCAGGCUCCAUGGCUUCCAGCAAAGGCGUCGACCACGUCGAAGUCGUGCAGGGCGACCGCAUCAGGCCGAAUGCCAUCUACCGCCGCCGACGGUUCCGGCUUAUGACUGUGGACUCCACGCGUUAUCGGUGGCGCUGUACUGUGUCUAGCUGCUCAUCUCGACUCAUGACCGACAAGUUCGGUGAGAAGCACGUGCUGUACAGCUUCAAGGAUCACGAUGAGGACGAACACCGCGCUGCCAAAGAAAGGAGACACACCCAUAAAACCUUCAAAAGUGAGGUAAUGAAAAAGGUCGGCGACUUCCUGUACGUGCCGGAGAGGACUGUCGGAGACAUCAAGUGCUGGCGCUGCCGGUACGUCAGCUGCCCCGGACGGUGCCGCACCAGCCUCGACGGCGAGCAGCUGCUGCACGGGCCAACGGCACACACGUGCCAGUCACCUGCCCGGGAAGAGCUAGCCAGGCCGCCGCACGACCAACCUCUCUCGAGUCAACACACGCCUACAGAUCUAAGCCAGGGUGUGAAAGGUACCAGCACAGGUGCUAGUGAACACCAACGGGAGCAGCACAGGGACAAUGCCGCCGAGCAUGCAGAAUCUUUGUCAUUGCAUAGCCCCAAAAAUAUGUUGGAUAAACUUCUUGCUGCAAUUGCUCCCUUUCAAGCACCGUGGCCAGCCGUUGAUUCGAGUUCCACUAAAUCGGAUGGGGACAGCAGACCAACCCAGGAGACAGCCUCGAAGACCGCAGAAGUAGCUGGAGUACCAGAGGCGGACGUAGGCCCAUCACAACAUGUCUGGAGCCUGUUCGGCAGUCAGAAACAGACCAGCGGACCAGAGAAACCUCGUGCGGCAGCCACGUGUGUCGAGGAAGCCGACAUGGUUGAGUCAUUUCACGAUGACAGCGACGAUGCCGCAUCGGACGAGGAUGAUCGACGCUCGAGAAUAGGUAACGACGAAUACAACAAGGCCGAGGGGCAUUUGCGUUCGAGUUUGAGAUGCAGUCGUCAGACCAUCGAGAGUCCCGCGAAAUCCGUGCAAGCGCUGGAAAUGAUGUCCACGUCGUGCACAUGCGCCGAGCAGAAGCUCCGAGUAGCUUUUUAUGAGCAGCUUUCCACCGCGCUAAGAAUGGAGGCAAAGUUGCUGAGGGAACAGGUGCGCAACGAGGACCGCAGAGGCAGGCUGCUCGAAAGUCAUAUGAAGAAGGGGCCCUCUGCGGCAGAGUGAUUGUGCACCACGUGGUUGGGCCGCCGCUCCAGUAAAUGACACAAAGGCAUGAGUGAAAGGCCGUAAGGCGCAAUACAGCAACUCGGUGGCUACGCAAUUAGAUGCAUCCUCGGCUCGCUGGACGGCCCAGAGUUGGUGCUGCAGGUGAGAGCUGAGCAACGCAGACGCAGAGCGCGCGCGGAAGCUGUCGUUGUUUGACGCUGCAUCACCGUUACCCCGUAUUACAGCCGUACAUUCCCAUAGGAUGUGCUCCAUGGUGGCUCUAUAGUUGCAAUGUCUGCACUUGUCCGUUGGGAAUAAAUCUGGGUGUAUUAGGUGCAUAGUAGCUGGACUCGGAUAGCAUCUGGUCUGUAACUGCCGCCAUUCUGCAGACUGGUUUUUGCUUAAUUUCGGGUGCGCCGGCGGGAAUGUACGCCUCUGCAAGCUAUGGUCUUGUGUAAUUUCGUGAAAUCUAGUCAUUCGAUCUUCCCAAUCCCCCUCAUCGGUAGUCGGUGAGGCGGGGCUGACCGAGGCUCGGUCCGUAAGUUCUCGAGCCAUGCAGUGCGCCACCUCAUUGUAGGGUGACAAAAAAAAAUUUUGAAUAAUAAAGUGUGGAGAAUGUAUGAUAAGGCUUCGUGGUCGCAAAUUCUCUGCAUAUUGCCUAGGGAAAUUCACGCAGAAAUAAGUCUGCGGGUCACGGGCACCGUUUUCCUUUUUUUUUUUGCAGGCCUCUAGAUAGCAUACACCUGCAAAAAACAUUUCUCGUUUAGCACGUGCCCCAGAAAGGUCCUCGAAAAGCUAGCCACGUUAGUGACAUGCGGAAUCGCAUUGUCCUGUGAAUAAUAUGCAGUUUUCCCCGCCAGGAGAGACAGACAUAGAUGGGGUGGGAAAGGCAGGGAGGUUAACUGGAACAGAUCCUGGUUUGCUACCCUGCACAUGGGAUAGGGUAAGGGGAAAUAAAAGACGGAAAAGAACAGCGGAGAAAAAAAGCAAGUGCACGAAAAAAAAAUUGAGGAGGGUGGGAAAGUCCAUGAGAACCAUGGUGUCUCUAAUAGGCCACUCGAACGCAAAAAUUUCAAGAGUGUCUUGACCGACUUAUGGUGUGACGACUGCAUAGCCGGCGUUCCAGGACAAAUCUUUCCAGGACAGUUGUUUUGGGCACCAAGCGAACUGCGUAGCACCUGCGCUAUAGUACAUAUCAAGCAAAACAAAAAGUCGCUCUAGAUUAGAGAAGCAGUGCAAGGUUAACCACAGAAAAUGCUUUAUUCCACACACCAUUAAUGUGGAUUAUCAUUGGCUCCUGUUGUGUGGAAACACAUACAAUGGGAAGUCAAGCUUUUGUCCCAAUGUUACCUUAAGGGGACACCAGAGAAAGGUAGAAAUCAAGAACAGGUGUUCACACUUGGUUGCCCUCAGUGCAUUGUGUGGAUAUAUUUGUCUGUACAAAAGACUACUGUGGUAAAGAAUCAUAAAAAUUAAGACAAAAAAAUCAAGUUAUGUGUCACUCAAUAUUAGGUUACCUCCAUUAUUUAUAGAAACACUUCUUUCAGUAUAUGUGCCAAGCCAUAGGAAAGCGUAACCUAAGUCAUGCUUGCUAAGUUAAAACUCAGAACAAGUAAAAUCAGAAGAACUUCAUAUGAGUGAUGUGUAAAUGUGGCAUCUUAUUUUACGUAUUCAUGAAUUUACUGAGGCUGGAGUAAAGCUGGUACAUAAUCUACUCUUACAGGAUGAGUUGUGAUGAGUAAAAGAAGCCUUCCUCACGUCUUCCACUUGGCGUCUUUUGGCUCUGUAUGCAGCAUGUGUAUUGUUACAGCUGUGUUUGUGUAGUUGGGUGUAGCUAUCACCUGUACUGCUUCCGUUCUUGUCCUCAUCAUUCAUGCACUAUCUUUGCCGAAACAAAAUACAGCUACCUAUGCUGCAUAUUUGGUCAGCGUGUUUACUUUCCGGCAAGUUUUGUGUUAGUGCUUAUUGUAAUCUCUCAAAUUGUCACUGUCAGCUAUUAUUCAUAAUCUUAAAGAUAUAUAUAUAUAUAUAUAU